GUGUUAUAUACUCUCUCCUCUUUCUUCUCUGUGCCUAGCCCCUCACUACUCCAUUCCUAUCUUCUCUUAGUCCUUUCUCCCUUCCUCUCUCCAGGUUGUUAUUGCUAGGUUGUUGAAGCCAAGAUGGAGAGGCCUAGAAUUCAAAAAUCCUUCUUAAUGUGGGCUUUGAUUGCUGUGUUAGUUUCUCACAACUUGGCCAUUCCUGUUCUUGGUAGAAGUUUUGCAGAUCAGAAGAAUUAUUACAGUCCUGUUCUUUGUAGAAGCCAUUCCUGUUCGCAUGGGACCCCUUCUCAUGGAACACCGUCUCAUGGAGGUGGCAGUUACGGAACACCAACGACACCGUCUCAUGGAAGCAGCGGAAGCUGCAGCCCACCCCCUGGUGGAAACUACCAACCCACACCAUCUCAUGGAAGCAGUGGAAGCUACAACCCACCUUCUGGUGGAUACUACCAUUCGCCUCCUGAACAUUCCACUCCGGUCAACCCACCAACAACUCCCACUCCGAUCACCCCCACUCCAUUCACUCCCACCCCAACAGUUCCUGAUCUCUCACCUCCAUCGACACCAUCGUUUGAUCCAAAUACUCCAUCGCCCUUCGGUACUUGCAGUUACUGGGGCUCUCAUCCGGGGCUGAUUUGGGGUCUCUUUGGCUGGUGGGGAACGGUAGCAGGCAUAUUCGGAGCGGCCUGCACUCCGAUGAUCUUCUCACCGAGCCUUACUUUGCACCAGGCGCUCACUAACACACGUACCGAUGGGUUCGGCGCACUCUACAGAGAAGGAACAGCUUCAUUGCUUAACUCCAUGGUUAACAGGGGGUUCCCUUUCACAACCCAACAAAUCAAGGAUCGGUUUGCAGCCUCGGUCGUAUCUGAGAAGACAGCAGCAGCUCAAGCCCAGAUUUUCAAGCAGGCUAACGAGGGUCGACUUAAGCUCAGAGCUUGAUUGUAGCCACCAUUAAUGUUAGCUCCUACGUACUUUGAAGUUUGAAGUUCCACUUGCUCCUGUUUAGUGCUUUCUCCUUUGAUUUUUAUUUAUUGAUGUUGCAUGUAUUUUCAUUUGGUUCUGUGUGUUAAUUAGCUCCUAGAUGGACUUCUGGUUUGUUGGUUUCGUGUGAUUUCUGUUACAUUAAGAUGGACAUGGACACCUCUUAGCUUGUUUA